UCCGCCGCCGCCGGUUGAUUAUGUGCGGCUGACGCUCGGAAGUGACCCAUGUGUCCGAGCUGCACCAAUACACGAUCACCGGAUCGGCCCGUUCAACUCCCGUGGUGCGCCUCUCGCAGUCCUCGUAGGUUAUUCACGACACGCCGACGCCUGUCACCCGAUCAUGUCUAAAGACACGGAGGCCAAGAGCGAGGAGAUUAUGGAGUCGAAGGUGCUCUGGUACCCGGACUCUAAACGAAACACGCAGAUGGACCGAUUCCGGACUCAAGUGAACCGGGACUUCGGGGUGAAUCUGGCCAAUUAUAAUGACCUGUAUCAGUGGUCCGUGGACAGUUAUCCGGAGUUCUGGGCACAGGUUUGGAAAUUCUGUGGCAUCACUUGCUCAAAGGUGUAUGAGGAGGUGGUCGAUGCGUCUAAAAGGAUAUCCGAUGCACCCGAGUGGUUUAAAGGCGGCAGACUGAAUUAUGCAGAGAACCUGCUCAAACACAAAGACCAGGACAAAGUGGCUCUCUAUGCGGCAACCGAGGCAAAAGAGGAGAUUGUCAAGGUGACUUUCGGAGAGCUGAGGCGUGACGUGGCUCUCUUCGCUGCCGCCAUGAGGAAGAUGGGCAUCAAAACUGGAGACAGGGUCGUAGGAUAUCUUCCCAAUGGGAUUCAUGCUGUCGAGGCCAUGCUCGCUGCUGCCAGUAUAGGUGCCAUCUGGAGUUCAACCUCUCCGGAUUUCGGCGUCAACGGAGUUCUAGACCGAAUUUCUCAGAUCCAGCCCAAGUUGAUAUUCUCAGUAGCAGCUGUUGUGUAUAACGGCAAGCAGCAUGACCAUAUGGAGAAACUCCAAAACGUUGUUAAAGGACUCCCUGACCUGGAGAAGGUUGUGGUCAUUCCAUAUGUUCGCUCGAGACAAGAGACUGACCUCUCCAAGAUUCCCAACAGUGUGUUCCUGGAUGACUUCUUAGCCACAGGUAAAGAAGGGGAUCAGGACCCUCAGCUGGAGUUUGAGCAGCUGCCUUUCUCUCAUCCUCUUUUCAUCAUGUACUCUUCGGGCACCACAGGAGCUCCCAAGUGCAUGGUGCAUUCUGUGCUGGGCACUCUCAUCCAGCAUCUUAAAGAACACGUUCUCCACGGCAACAUGACCUACAAUGAUGUCAUCAUAUAUUACACUACGACGGGCUGGAUGAUGUGGAACUGGAUGGUGUCCUCUCUAGCUGUUGGGGCUUCUGUGGUCCUGUAUGAUGGCUCUCCUCUUGUUCCUACUGCCAAUGUGCUCUGGGACCUUGUAGACCGUCUGGGAAUCACGAUUUUUGGGACUGGAGCGAAAUGGCUGGCUGUGCUGGAGGAGAGAAAUCUAAAACCUGCAAACACGCACAACCUGCAGACCCUCCACACACUCCUCUCUACAGGAUCUCCAUUGAAGCCUCAGAGCUAUGAGUAUGUGUACAGCUGUAUUAAGAACAAUGUGCUCCUGGGGUCCAUAUCAGGUGGCACAGACAUCAUUUCAUGCUUCAUGGGUCAGAACAUGACAGUUCCUGUUUACAGAGGGGAAAUUCAGGCCCGAAAUCUGGGCAUGGCAGUGGAGUCCUGGAAUUUUGAAGGGAAGCCUGUUUGGGGUGAGAGCGGGGAGCUGGUGUGUUUGAAGCCCAUCCCGUGCCAGCCCACUCAUUUCUGGAACGACGAGAACGGCAGCAAAUACCACAAAGCCUACUUUUCUACCUUCCCAGGAGUCUGGGCCCACGGUGAUUACUGUAAGAUAAAUCCAAAAACAGGAGGAGUUGUCAUGCUGGGGAGAAGUGAUGGAACCUUGAAUCCUAAUGGUGUUCGGUUUGGGAGCUCAGAAAUUUAUAACAUUGUGGAGGCCUUUGAGGAAGUUUCCGACAGCCUUUGUGUCCCUCAGUACAACAGCGAUGGAGAGGAGAGAGUGAUUCUGUUCCUGAAGAUGGGACCCAAUAAGAUCUUCAGACAAGAGCUGGUGGGGAAGAUCCGAGGCGCUAUCAGAGUAGCUCUCUCUGCACGACACGUACCAGCCUUGAUACUGGAGACCAAAGACAUCCCGUACACCAUCAGCGGAAAGAAGGUCGAAGUCGCAGUAAAGCAGGUGAUCGCAGGUAAGGACGUCACUCAGCGAGGGGCCUUCUCAAACCCAGACUCCUUGGACCUCUACAAGAACCUGCCCGAACUCCAGAACUUCUGAGUGCUCGGUACGUCUGAACUCCCAAAUGUCCCGCGUUUCUGGGUCCCUUCGAAGGGUUCAGAUUCUCUGGAAGUCUGUUGGAACUUUGGAGGAAUCUGGAGGAAUUUCUUGAGCUUUCAAACAUCAAAGUUCUUAGUGUUCUCUACCUGUUGUGGCAAACUUGGCAACCCAUUGGAACCGAUGGAGUCUUUAGCACUUCCUCAGAAGGGUGACUGGUUCCUCUUGGAGAGAAAGCUUAGUGCCGUUUUAUGCGAUUCCAGCUUGGAUCUUAAAGGGACAUUUUAUCUGUUUCUGUUAUUGCGUCCACCAAGCGUUAUAUUUCCGAGGAAGGUACCAAAGUAAUCGUCAUUCCCAUAUUUUCCCUCUCAAAUUUUGAUACAAUGUCGCUUUAACUGUGAAAGUAUAGGAAAAUAUGGCUGAAAAUCUCAAAAUCGAAAUAAUUUAUUCUCAUGAAUCAUAAAUCAAAUACACAGACGUUACUGAGGAUUGUGUAUUGAAGGUUAUUUUUCUGCUAAAGGCCAUUUCUCCAGUAAUACUGACUUUUUGGGUCAAACCGACUGUUUCUCAGAACCGCUUACAUUUAUUAGUAUUAAUAUUACGGGUACAGGUUCCAGAUUAUGACCUGUUACCGUAAUAAAAUCAACGCACCUUUUUCAAAAAUUCCCCCCCCAAAGCCUGACUUCCUGUCUGGAAGCAUGAACAUAUUUAUAUUUUUAAACAAUAUCCUGUAAGUAAAUAGCGUUUCAUCACACCUGCUGUAUUUGUAGAGUAUAUUAUGCUGUCCAGAACUGCUCUCUGUUGUCUACUGAGUAUAGAUAUGAACCGAAGCUGAUGUAGCUCACUGGCCAAACAGAUUUCCAUAUAUUUUUCCAUAUAUAUUGUAUAUAUUUGAUUCCGUAUAUGCAGCUGCAUGUUGCGUGCUACGCUAGAUGCCCCUUCGCAGUGACACUAUUUGGUCUCUUUCGUGGCGCCUUAUAUCAAGUUUUCAUCAACAACUGAAGCUCAUCUCAUUUCUUUGAGUCAUUCUUUGGUGUAUAGCUUUAUCAUUGCCCACGAGGCGUUCUUCCAUCACGCUUUUCAUCGGAACACUGCACACAUAUGAAAAAACUGGGUUUGUUUGAGGUUUGAGGUUUUGAAAGUCAGCAAGACGUGAUACCCAGAUAACCGUAUAACAUUAGAUUAUUAGUUUAUGUAACGUUUGCAUUUGGAGUAAAGGGAAGAAACCUGGGCAUUCGAAAUUUAUCUAACGCCGCAACGAAAAAUAGAAAGUAUUGAUUUAUGUCGGAUCAGAUUCAAGCUCUUUGACGUGUACUGAUGAUGCAUUUACGCUCGCUUUGCAGCAUAUCUCAGAAACAUUUAUCAACAGCAAGCCGCCAUCCAGAAAAUCUUUUUCUCGUGACACUGAGAGAGGAUACGCUGCAACCCGCUCGCAACGAAAGCCUAAAAAUGCGCUGCGUUUUAAUCGUUUUAAAAUAAAUUCGCGCCAGUAAUGUCAUUUCAGCGCUUGUUUACAACAGAGAAGCCUCAAACGCUAGUAUUGAUGUACAUUUGACGUUUUAUUGGGUCUUUUUUUUUUUUUUGGUUCGAAUAAUGUAAUCUAGGUUUGUUACACGUUUGAAAAUGACAUUUUUAACCUGUGAGUAUAUACGUUUGAUCUCAGCGAGGAUUUUCCUAAAAGAUGCUACACACUACACAUCUAAAAAAUGCAAAUGAUUUUACAUACAUGCUAAAGGUUAGACAUAAUGAAACUCGAAAGGGCGUGCUGGGCCUUUAAGAGGCUAAUUUCUUUUGAAUUGAAACGGUUUAGAAUAGAGGUGCAGAUGGCAAGCAGUUGUGCAGAUCGCUUGAAUUUAAAUCAGCCCUCGUUUCCGCUUCAGACAAGCAGGGACGGGUCUGUUUCACCUCAUGCCCACCCUCGUGCCACCAUAUGCCCCAUAUCUGCUCAGCUUUGCUGACAGGACUGGUCUGGGACUGUGGACAUACGGAAAGCUACCGAAUCCUUAUUUAUUGGCAAUCACUGUGGAUUUCACUUUAACCUCUGGCUUGUCGCGAACGCAUUCGUCCUCGGCGUUUAUUUCAUGUUUCCAUACUUACCAAUUUCAUGAACAUUCCAUGGAGAUCUAUUCCAUUUAUUACAGUUCUACUACUUCUUUUUGAUACAAGGAAUUGGAAAUGUUGGAAACAAUGUUCCUUAUUAUUGUAUUACAUUAAAUGUAUUUGGUGUACUACUAGUAAAUACAAGGUGCUUUCUUCUUGGUGGCAAAUGUAAUGUUUCCUGCUUUGAAAUAAUAUUAUUGUACAUCGCAGAAUGUGAAUAAUGAUUACUAAUAUAGUUGAGAAUAUAUUUGUUAUGGGUAUAUUAUGCCCAUAUGCUGUUGGACCGCUUCAGUUAUGCUCAAUAGGAACAUACCUGUAUUUCAUGUGUAAAGAUGCGUAUUGUACUCCUAAUUAAAGAGCUAAAAAAUUA